UUUUCAUCUUUCAUUCUCAUUCAGCGCGAGUGUAUUUCUGUGCACGUUGGCCAAGCCGGAGUUCAGAUUGGUAACGCUUGUUGGGAGUUGUACUGCUUGGAGCAUGGAAUCCAGCCUGAUGGCCAGAUGCCCAGCGACAAAACAAUCGGUGGAGGAGAUGAUUCUUUCAACACAUUUUUCAGCGAGACUGGAGCAGGAAAACACGUUCCUCGCGCCGUCUUUGUUGAUUUGGAACCAACCGUCGUCGGUGAGUUAACUAGAGCGAAGAAACUUUUAAUGAACAUAUGGAGGCUUGUGGGCUCUAGUAAGAAAAAUGUAAAGAAAUACAACUUUAGUAGCCUCUCGGUAUGUUGCAGUCAUAAACGUUAUGAUAUGAUGGAAUCAUAAAACUGGUGAGAUUAUGGUACAGGAUGAUACAAGUAUUAACCAAGUUGGGCUAUUUUACCAAUUUAUCUUUUGAGAACACCGCCACAUCCCAUAAAGCGCUACAAUUGCAGUUACAGUUAGCCCUUCUUGAGAGCGAUAGACGAAGGGCUAUGACAAUCGUUCUGACAAAGGGCUAACGCUCGAAACAUCAGGUUUUAAACUCUUUACGGUGGCCAAUUUACGUUAUCAGCUCUGUUGAUAAUACUAAAUUACCCUGUUAUACUUUCCCACUGACGCAGCAGCACAGUUUCUAUAGAAACUUACCCCUUUUAUUCACUUGCAGUUACAGUUGCCUGUUUUUAUGUUCUAUAAACAAAUAGUAUCUCCUUCGAUUUUCAUCAGAUGAAGUUCGCUGUGGUACCUACAGACAACUUUUUCACCCUGAUCAGUUAAUGACCGGCAAAGAAGAUGCUGCUAACAACUAUGCUCGUGGGCACUACACUGUUGGGAAAAGCAUUAUCGAUCAAGUUCUUGAUAAGAUAAGAAAACUGGUAAUUAUCAAUUAUUAGAUUUGAUUUCGCCUGAUAACGUACAUUACCGAUGCCGAACUUCUUUGAUAUCUUUCAAGCUGAAAGGCUGAGGUGGAAAUAACUGUAAACCCGGAAGAAAGUUAUAUCAGAAUUAAGUUAGUGACGCCGAUUUGUAAUAAGUCAUUAUUAUAAACCAUUAUUGUCAGUAAUAUUUUUUGGGAAACGAUUUUUUACAUUGAUUUUUAUCAAGGCUGAUCAGUGCACUGGAUUGCAAGGUUUUCUUAUCUUCCACUCUUUUGGCGGUGGUACUGGCUCUGGAUUCACAUCAUUGCUAAUGGAGCGUCUGUCUGUGGACUAUGGCAAGAAAUCCAAGCUGGAGUUCUCUAUUUACCCUGCACCACAGAUUGCCACAGCUGUUGUGGAGCCUUACAACUCCAUUCUGACAACUCACACCACUCUAGAGCACUCUGACUGUGCCUUCAUGGUGGACAAUGAGGCCAUCUAUGACAUCUGCCGUCGUAACCUGGACAUUGAGAGACCCACUUACACCAACCUGAACAGACUGAUUGGUCAGAUUGUGUCGUCCAUCACUGCAUCGCUCCGUUUUGAUGGUGCCUUGAAUGUUGACUUGACAGAAUUUCAGGUAAGGUAUAUUUGAAUCUUGACAUUCCUGCAUCCAGUACAUAAUGUAUAUGAUUCCCGUUGGUUUUUGUUGUUUAAAACAUCCUUCAUGUUAUUUCACUUAGACUAACUUGGUGCCAUACCCUCGUAUUCACUUCCCUCUGGCCACUUAUGCUCCAGUGAUCUCAGCAGAGAAAGCUUAUCACGAACAGUUGAGUGUUGCUGAAAUCACCAAUGCCUGCUUUGAGCCAGCCAAUCAGAUGGUGAAAUGUGACCCACGUCAUGGUAAAUAUAUGGCCUGCUGUCUUUUAUUCCGCGGUGAUGUGGUUCCAAAGGAUGUAAAUGCAGCCAUUGCAACAAUCAAGACCAAGAGAACCAUUCAGUUUGUAGAUUGGUGUCCUACUGGAUUUAAGGUGGGUGGAUAACUAUUGAGGAGUGGAGCAGUCUGUUUCAAUUAAAAUUAUAUCAGUGUUGAAAAUGUUCGCCUUCAGUAUUUUAAAUAGAGAAGUGUUCACAGGAUGUAAGUGUAGGAGCAGUAGUCUCCCCUCUUCUUGAUGAUUAUCGGAACUAAAAAGAAAUAUUGUCUACGUAAUCUGAUCCUGCGGUAAAGUACUUGAACUAAGAACUAAGAACUAAGAACCCUAUGGUUAAAUGCUUAGAAUAUCUUAGUAGUUUUACAAGUCGGCAAGAGAUUGAUAGAACCAGACUUUUAGUUUUCAGUUUUAAAAGCCUCCAAGAAAACAGAAUUAACUUUGAAAUUGAUCAAUGCAAUUAGAGUUUAGCCUUUCUCUCUCGGCGUGGAAAACUCCAAUGGAUUAUAACAAAUUAGUUGAGAGAUUCCGGGCUUUCAUUAAUUUAAUUAUUGAUUGCUAUUUUACCUCAUUUAAUUUUCAGGUUGGAAUCAAUUACCAGCCCCCCACUGCUGUUCCUGGAGGAGAUCUGGCCCGAGUUCAACGUGCUGUGUGUAUGUUGAGUAACACCACAGCUAUUGCUGAGGCCUGGGCCCGACUGGAUCACAAGUUUGAUCUGAUGUAUGCAAAGCGUGCGUUUGUCCACUGGUAUGUGGGUGAGGGUAUGGAGGAAGGAGAGUUCUCUGAGGCUCGUGAAGAUUUGGCGGCAUUGGAAAAGGAUUAUGAAGAGGUUGGAGUGGAUUCGGCUGAAGACGAAGGGGAGGGGGAAGAUGAUGAGUAUUAAAAGUCUUCAUCUGCUGGCUUGGGUGUGUGUGGGGGAGGGGAGGAGCAGGGGAAGUGUUGUCGAAGCAAAGUAACCUUGAUUGGCAUCUUGUUGCCAAACGAGACUCACGGUUUUGAACGAAAUCUACCCCAAUCCUAAGAGCUUCGUUCCAAAUAUGUGCCAAGAUAUUUAAUUCCAUUUGAUGACAGAUUGUAUUUAUUCUAGAAAGUUCGUUUAUUUUACCAACUUGUUAUAUUCCUUAGGAAGGUGCGAUUUUGAAAUGAGUAUGACAGUCACUUUGAGAAGUAUAUACAUAUGUUGUUAGUGAAGGUGUGAUAUGUUAAUAAUUUACCACCUUUUGCGCUUUUUUGGUUUCGUAUCGUGUUUCAUUGCGUUUAAGAAGAUUUUAAGACGAUAAUGUAUUAAACGCUACGCCUCUUCAUUUGAGUCCAAGAUUAGAAUGCAAGCGGCUGGUAGUUGUAUCGAUCCCUGACUCACUACCCCUGAACAUCUCCCACUCACUGCCAUAGGAAGCUUAGUUGCAAAAUACUAAAGUUUAACCAACUUGUAAUGUGGCAUACAGAUUAAAAAUGUGAUAAAAGAGCGUAAGACUGCAAUCCUUGUUCGUUUGUUACCACUGAUCAAAAGAGACACGGAGAGGGAAAAAAAUCCUUCAUACGUCAUUUGCCAUCAAAGCAAAUGUAAUAUGUGCUUUCGUUAAAAAUAAAAAAACGGGUGAAUUAUUUAAAAAUACCUUGAGCUGGUCUACACGAAAGUAAGUCGAUGCACUUACAAAUGGCGCGUGUUGUUUGGUUUUGUUAUCGGCAGCGUAUCCCGAAACUGAGACGAACAGAAAAAUUUCAUUAAAAAAAAACGCACUAACUGUUCAUUGUUUCACAAAACAUUGAUAUUUUUCUCGAAGGAAACUUAGUUUCGAGUUAAAAACAAGAAAAGUGAAAAGGGCCCCAUUCCCCUUCAUUCGUCCACCCUCAGCCCCGCCCCCUUGACUCCUUCAAGCUUAGCCCCACCCUUGGUGAUAAUUUGUAACAUGCAUCACCUCUGCGACAAUUAUUACACAAAAAGCACGGUAAAUCUGUUAAAUACAUAUUUCAGCAUGAUACACUUACCAACAAGGGUGUACAAAAAUCUAUUCACGUUUAAAAUGUGAAACUGCAUUCCUAGUAUUUACUUAUCUACUCUGGUUUUAGGCACUAUUUGGGUAACAUUGUAAUUUAAUCAGAGAAACAGCAUUUUAGUUCAUAUUUGUAGUAAAAAUGGUAGCCUGUGUUCAACUUAGAUCCAACCGCGACAAAUCACUAUAUCGCAAAAACCAUUCUCAAUUUUAUGCCGGAACUCCCAAACAAUGGCAGAUGGAGGUCUAGUUACAUUCAUUAUAAUUCAUUAAAAAAAUUUGCAUAUAUGCAGGCAGAUAGUUUCAUAUGCUGAGCACAAAUUGACAGAUGUCUUGAGAGAAUCUUUUUCUGGCUGUAUGCAAGAGCAAUCCAUAUUCUUUUCUCCCUCGAAGGUUUCAAUCUGAAAAUGCCCAGAGCAUUUGCUUUUAGGUUGCUAAAACAAAACCGGCGCUAAAUGAAAUUUUCAUGAAUGGAAAAUCACAUUGUUACUUAAUAGAAACAGCAUCACACGGCGGCUUACUUUGGGGACCACAAUUAACAUGAAAUUUUUCACCCUAAGCCAAUCAGAUAACGUAAAUAAAAUAUUAUUUGUGCCGACAUAAGUCUCCAGCUGAUUUAUCUUUUCAAUCUUUUUGAUUUUAUGUUAAUUUUCCUCACCAUAUAAACUAAAACCACUUAGUUUCCCCGUCACCUGCCAUGCAAAGGAAUACAAUAGCCUUGCUUCAUUGAUUAUGUUCAAACCACUCCCGUCUUCGAAAGACGUUGCUGCUAUUUCGGAGCUCGGAAACUCACCAAAGUUUUCCCUCGCUAAUAUUUGGACAAGAUCCCCAAAUAACGUUAUUUUAAAAUGGUAAUACUAUUUUUUUUUCCAAAUGCGAUCUUUUGUACCGGGUUUGGAAUAAUUACAGGCAAACGCUUCUGAUCAUUCAACUCUGAUAUUGCGAAGAAAUCUUUUAGGAAUCAUUUCCAUAUUUUGCGCAAUAUGAAAAUUUAAGCGCUCCCGUUUUUCCUUCCAUUUCAGCGUGAGUGUAUUUCUGUCCACGUUGGUCAGGCCGGAGUUCAGAUCGGUAAUGCUUGUUGGGAGUUGUACUGCUUGGAGCAUGGAAUCCAGCCUGAUGGUCAAAUGCCCAGUGACAAGACAAUCGGUGGAGGAGAUGAUUCCUUCAACACAUUUUUCAGCGAGACUGGAGCAGGAAAACACGUUCCUCGCGCCGUCUUUGUUGAUUUGGAACCAACUGUUGUCGGUGAGAGGCGUUUGGAAUUUUCCUUUUAUAUCAUUCUUUGAAUUAAAGUUUUAAAGAGCGAAUGAAAAUUGUCAAAGUUUGGCGUUGCCUGUUUCCUUUGAGUUUUUUUCUUACAAUCUCAUUAAUGAUUAAUUAUCGAGCUCAACCAAAACAUUACAGUUCUGUUGAUAAGCAAUAUUGGUAUGAAAUCUGUUUAAUCUUCCUUGGUUAGAUCUGAAUAAUGCACCUGACUGACUCGAGCUGGGGCAUAACGUAAAAUACACAAAUACUAAAAACAAAAAAUAUUAUUGUUGUCAUUAUAUAGCAUUAUUUUUUUGUUUUUUUUAGAUGAAGUUCGCACUGGCACUUACCGACAGCUGUUUCACCCAGAACAGUUGAUCACCGGCAAAGAGGAUGCCGCUAAUAACUAUGCCCGCGGACACUACACUGUUGGCAAAGAAAUGAUUGAUCUCGUUUUGGACAAGCUGAGAAAGUUGGUAAGAACGCUCGCAUAUGACUUAACGCUGUUGUGGCAGACUGUGCUUAGAAGCAGAAAUCAGAUAGCACAAUUAGAGAUCGUUCUACCUACAGGAUACACCACACAAAUAAUGAACCGGCUUUGUCCUAAUGAGCCAAAAUAUAAGCGUUUAUUUUCGAUUUAUGCAAAACGGUGCUGAGAAGUAGCUAAUAUCAGCAGUUACUGCAUUUUGAGGAGAAAAAUGAUAAUUGGUCUUUUUUUGUCGUGUGAUAACGAUAAUAUCAAUAAUGAUGACAAUAAUGAUUAUAAUAAUGAUGAACACCGGCAAGUUCAUAAAGUCAAGAAAUUCAGCAGCUUGUCCAAGUUGACUGAAUAACUUUAGUCAAACUAGUUAAACUUUUGAUUUUCUUGGUCUAGGCUGAUCAGUGCACUGGAUUACAAGGUUUCCUUAUUUUCCAUUCUUUUGGUGGUGGAACUGGCUCUGGAUUCACAUCAUUGCUUAUGGAGCGUCUGUCUGUGGACUAUGGCAAGAAAUCCAAGCUGGAGUUCUCCAUUUACCCAGCUCCGCAGGUCUCUACGGCGGUUGUGGAGCCUUACAACUCCAUUCUGACAACUCACACCACUCUGGAGCACUCUGACUGUGCCUUCAUGGUGGACAAUGAGGCCAUCUAUGACAUCUGCCGUCGUAACCUGGACAUUGAGAGACCCACUUACACCAACCUGAAUAGACUGAUUGGUCAGAUUGUGUCGUCCAUCACUGCAUCACUCCGUUUUGACGGUGCCUUGAAUGUGGACUUGACAGAAUUUCAGGUAAGCUGUAUCUGAAUCUCAGCUUUCCUUAUCAUGACGAUAAGGUGGUGAUAUAAAAUGGGUAUCACUCCUGUAACAGGUGUCAAAUCAUUUUUAUAUCUAUCAUGUUGUCUUAUCUAGACCAACUUGGUACCAUACCCUCGUAUUCACUUCCCUCUGGCCACUUAUGCUCCAGUGAUCUCAGCAGAGAAAGCCUAUCAUGAGCAGUUGACAGUUGCUGAGAUCACAAAUAUGUGCUUUGAGCCAGCCAAUCAGAUGGUAAAAUGUGACCCACGUCACGGCAAAUACAUGGCCUGCUGUCUUUUAUUCCGUGGUGAUGUGGUGCCCAAGGAUGUGAAUGCGGCCAUUGCAACAAUCAAGACGAAGAGAACCAUUCAGUUUGUAGACUGGUGUCCAACUGGAUUCAAGGUUUGUUCCAAGUAGAUGUCCUCAGAGAAUGAUACUUAGUGUACUGAAUGCUGAUGCAAGUAUAAACUAUUUGAGUUGUACAAACAGCUGCGCUCCGUCUCUUAGCUUAACAAGUUUUCUGUUAUAGGUUGGAAUCAACUACCAGCCUCCCACAGUUGUUCCUGGUGGUGACUUGGCCAAAGUUCAACGCGCUGUAUGUAUGUUGAGUAACACCACAGCUAUUGCCGAGGCCUGGGCCCGUCUGGAUCACAAGUUUGAUCUGAUGUAUGCAAAGCGUGCGUUUGUCCACUGGUAUGUGGGUGAGGGUAUGGAGGAAGGAGAGUUCUCUGAGGCUCGUGAAGAUUUGGCGGCAUUGGAAAAGGAUUAUGAAGAGGUUGGAGUGGAAUCUGCUGCGGGAGAAGGCGAAGAUGAUGAAGGGGAUGAGUACUAA